UUAUUUCCAUGACAACAUAAUUCAUCGAUACAGUCUUCAGGAGUUUCAUCACGCUCAUCAAUCGACAUCAAACUACUUGUUCUCAUCGGUGGCUUAGGUUGACAACUGUACUCCAAAUUACUCAACUCUAUGUCAACUCCGUACCAACUUUACUCAACAGCAUGUGGCUGUAAAUGAAAAAUUUUUUUUCAAUUCGCACUGUAUUCAAAGCCAACAGUAUUCAAUGCAGAGUUUACUCAGCGCUGAAUAGAUAAAUAAGCAAGCCUCGGUAAGAACGAAUUCAAUCAGAGAGAAAUGACCAUAUGGCGCUGUAUGGAGAUUCCGAAAUCAUCUUGAAUUAAUCAAGAUAAUAUUUAAAUAGAUUGAACUUGGUUUAAAUAUUAGAGUGCCUCGAUUAACGGAUCUGCAGGAUCCGCCUAAUGUCAUUAAUCAACGUACCUACCCAGAUAGGUUCACUCCAAGAACCUCAUCAACGGGACCGACUAUGCCAAGACAGCCUAUGUCAGCUGAAGCUGUGAUUGAUGACACGGUUGCAGGAUCAUCGGAAAAUGCGAGUGCUUUAGAUGACACUUUAAUAAUCUCAUCGGAUAGUGAUGAUGAAGAUUACUUCAUUAACUUCUUAGUAACUUCAGUGACUGAUCGCCGUGCGUCCACACCAUCUGGCUUAACUUUCAACAAUUCUUCUGCGUUUGAGCCAUCCGGUUCUAGUUCUUCGAUGGCAAAUUUGUCAAGUCGUAGGAUGUCAGAGUCUAGCCCGUCGACGUCUGGCUUAACAGUCAACGAAUCGUCUGCGUCUGUCCCCGCCGAUUCUAGCCCGGCGAUGGCAAAUUUGUCAAGUUCUAGGAUGUCACAGUCUAGUCUGUCAACGUCUGGCUUAACAGUAACUCAAAGUAACUCAGCAUGUGACGACGAAGAGAUUAUUCCGGAAGGGACAAGCAUAUGCUGCUGCUGUAGAUUUCGGGCUGCUGUCUGGGCAUUUAUUAAAUGCGGUCAUUUAUGUCUUUGCAAUGAGUGCAAUCGAAAAAUUGGAGAUCGCUGUCCACUCUGUCGUGAAAAAUCACGAAAAAUUAAAAUAUUUACCAAUCAUCCAUAGU